CUAAGAUACAGCAGACGAAAACAAAGAUGGCCGACAUUCGAAAAAUUUUCGAAAAUUCUCGAAGACAAGGCCAUCAGCUGUUCGUCCCAUCAGCUGUGCGCCCCAUCAGCUGAUCUCCCUUCCCAUCUCUUUGCUGUUGUUUUUCACAAGAGUUCUGCAAGAAUAAUUUGAAUUUCAAAGCUGUUGUUCAAGUCUUUUACUAAUUGACUACUUUUACUAAACCACUACUUCCCCACUAUUUCUACGUUGACGGGAGCAAAAAGUGCGAAUUUCGGACCAGAAAUGGAACUUUCCUUAUACAUGGACGACGCACAACGCACAGAACCAUCACAGAUUAACGAUACUCCCCCAAAACCAGUAACUGCAGCGGUGUAUUUCGAAGAGAUAUUCGGAUACAAAUUCAAGGACGAGGAGAUGUUACACCAGGCCCUAAAACGACCGACGGCCAGCCUUAAAAGCUCAGUCAAGAAGGGAGACAGAUUGGAGUUAGUUGGAGAUGCUGUACUAGACUUAAUUAUGAUCGAGGAGUGCUUCGAGCGGCAUGAAAACUACGGAGCAGGACAAUUGUCCGGAAUCAAGUCUGAACUGGUUUGCAACGAUACACUGGCCGUCAUCGCCAUCAAAACAAACUUGCAUCUCCUGUUGCAAGAGACAUCUCCAGCCCAAGAAUUAGUCUUGCAGGCAUUUGUGCAACAACAGGAGAGAAACGGCCAUUUAUUCAGACACGAGAAACCGAUUACGACCGUAACUUGUCUGUAAAAACAGCUAGU